AUGGAAAGAUCAUUACUCUUUACCAACACAACCCCAUCCACAGCUAUUGUUAAAAUUACAGAUUAUAAAUAUGUUAGAUUAGAUAGAACUGAAAAUGGUGUAGCUGAAUUAGUAUUAUGCAGACCAAAGGAAUAUAACUCUAUGGAUGAUGACUUUUAUAAUGAAUUUUUAUCUAUUUUUGAUGAAAUUCAAAAUGAUGAUAAAAUUAAAUGUGUUAUAUUAUGGGGUGAAGGAAGAGGGUUAACAGCAGGUUUAAAUCUUUCAAAAUCAUUAUCCUCAAUUAUGGGUGAUGAUGAACAAUCACAAGCUAAACAAAAUGUAGAGUUAUUUAAAAUGAUUCGUCGUUGGCAAGGAUCAUUAGAUAAAAUUUACAAGUGUUCAAAACCAGUUAUUGCAGCAAUCCACGGUGCAUGUAUUGGAGGUGGAGUUGAUAUGAUAACAGCAUGUGAUAUUAGAUUGUGUAGUAGUGAUGCCAAGUUUUCAAUUAGAGAAACUAAAUUAGCUAUUAUUGCAGAUUUAGGAACACUUCAAAGAAUUCAAAAAAUUGUUGGUAAUGGUUUUGCUAGAGAAAUGGCAUUGACAGGUAAAGAUAUCGAUGCUGCCACCGCCGCUAAAUUUGGUUUGGUUAAUAAUGUUUAUAAAGAUAAAGACACCCUCUUAAUCGAAGCAAGAAAGAUGGCUCAAGAAAUCGCUAAAAACUCCUCAUUGGUAGUACAAUUAACUAAACUAACAUUAAACCAUGCCAAUGAUCACUCAAUAGAUGAAGGUCUCUAUAGGGUCGCUUUACAAAAUGCCGCUUUUUUAAAAACAGAAGAUUUAAAUGAAGCUGGUGCAUCAUUUUUUGAAAAACGUGCACCCCAAUUUAAAUCAAAUUUAUAA